GAGCCGGCUGAGGCCACAGAAACGAAACGAGCGCGCCAAUGAUCGGACGGAUCCUCUAAGCAACCAACCCAGAUAUAGAGCCCCACUCUAUAGCGAAAGCAACCCAACUGUGAUACCAAACGAACGUAAAACCACACCCAGUGCCAAGAUGUCUGCUGCCAACAAGGUGAACCACUUGAUCGGAGCGACCACGCGUUACAUCGCCGGACGGAAUGCGGUGCAGACGGUCUACUGGCGCACCUCCGCCGGACCCAAUCCCCGCAUGCUGAAGACCAACAAGUCGCAGAACUUCGACCGCAGCCAGAAGGCCCCCCAGAGUGUCCGGCUGCAGAACUACAACCGCAGCUACAUCCGGGAUUAAUGGCGCCCUCCAAUAGUUCCAGCUCCGACCUUGACAUGUUCCUAAUGUCGCCAUAGACAUAUUUUUUUUGGGCCCUGUGUAUUUAUUCAAUGGAGUAUUCUGUAAGGCACCUAGAGUUAAUCGAAUCGAAAUCAAGCCAGCGCUACGACUUUUCAUGUACCUUGGCAUUAUAUAAAAAAAUCAGAGAUUAAAUAAAUGCACUCUAGCGCAUAGAUAAGAAAAUA